GUUUUAUUUGACGACUACCGUUUCUUCAGCAGAGAUCACAAUCUCAUCUCAGCUGAACUCAGCUCCACCAUCAUUUGCUUAUGUCUUGGGGGCCACUGCGGGGCUAGCGACGUUCAUCCAUAGCCUGCUUGGUCUCACGCCAUUUUCGUGAAGAGCUACACAACACACAUUGGCCAGCCGCCAACAACAAAUACCUUCAUAUGUAUGUUCAGCACUCACACGAACGGGCACGUUCAGAUCCACCAGUAUGCAGAGUUGUUUACAGCAAAGUUUGCAUAUUUUCUUAGUAUCGUCGGAAAUCGCGCGCGUUUAGACGCACUAUCAACUUUGAUCGCUUAAUUCGUGUCGUUUGAGGGCAUCGCUAGCUGUGCAAGCGGUUCUUCAUCCAAAUAGAAUUACUUUAAAAGUCAAUACUUUGUGGUGUUCAAGGGAAUUGUGUACACCACCCCACUCUACUCCUCGGAACAGAUGGAAAACGCCGAAUUACGCGAUUGAUUCCAUUACAUACACAAAUCCAAUAAAUAACCGUGUCCGCUGGUUGUGAGUGAUCGGUUUGACGGUGAAUGUGUCAAUAAUGUCGCCGACGGCAUACCUUUGAGGCAAUAGUUCCCUCGAAAUGUUAGCAAUUUGAUCAAGUGACAACAAAUAUCAAGAUUUCCGCCCAAUCCAAUGAAAAAUUAAAAAAAAAAAAAAAAAGGCUAUUCAAGUUCAACACCUUGAAGCUAUCAACUGAGAAAAAGCUUUUCGAAAUUAAAAAAAAAAAAAAUUACAGACAUAGAAUUUUCACUCUUAAAUUACAACGGAGCUAUAAUAUUGAUUUCAACGCUUAACAUAUCCAUCCUCUGGUGCGACUACCUCUGGCGAUGUCACUCAAUCUGUCUGUUGGGCCACAGAGAAUCCGAACUUUGGACUGCGCAGCAAGGUGUCUAUUAGAGAAGACUGACAAGGUGCUUCUGCGCACAGAAUGAUGGAACAUAUUCCAUCGAUUUCACUAUCUGGGAUAUCCAUAGCGCAUCCACUUUCCAUAUCGUCGGGUCAGACACUCUCGAACCAUUUUGGCAAUAGCUCGACUGUCGGUGCAGCAGCCGGAAGUCACAUCGAACAACUGGCGGCCGCAGUGCAUCACCACCAUCAUCACAAUAACCAAGCGACCAUUCAGCAGGGCAGCAACGGUCACCUCUCGCUAAACUCCCUGUGCGGUUUGCAGAGCCAGCACACAACCUCGCCGUCCACAACGUUGUCCUCUGGCACCAACACAGUGGCGAACAUUCCUGCGGUAUCGCAAAGCAAUCAGCAAAUAUCCCCCGCCCAUAAUUAUAUACUGCAUCACGCCCACCACACGACCCACCUGCAAGGCGGAGGAUCUUUGCACCACAACAGUUCCGCCUCGGUGCAUUCCCAUUCCCUGGCUGGCUCAGGGAGAGCACUACCGCUCAGGCCGGGCGACCAUUUGACGGCACACCUGCCCAAUAAUCUCGUCCACAACCACAUUGCAGGGGAAACCCCGUCCGGUCCAUCCUCGGCGACAUCGUCAGCGAUUUCGUCGUCAAAUACCUCCGCCAUGGCUGCCGCUGCCGCAGCCCACCUGCACCACACUUCGCAGACAUCACAAAUGACAAAUCUACACCAGAACAUGGGUUCCCUGAUGAAUACUGGCGGCAGUGCCAGCGAUGUUUUCUUCAGUCUGAUGAUACAGAACACAACGAAACGACAAAACGAGGAACAUAUCAAACGUCCAAUGAACGCGUUCAUGGUCUGGUCUCGCCUACAACGCCGCAAAAUUGCCCAGGACAAUCCAAAAAUGCACAAUUCCGAAAUAUCCAAACGCUUAGGUGCUGAAUGGAAACUGCUGACGGAAGACGAAAAACGUCCCUUUAUUGAUGAAGCCAAGAGAUUGCGAGCAAUGCACAUGAAAGAACAUCCAGACUAUAAAUACAGACCCCGAAGGAAACCCAAAGCGCUCCGGAGAGAUGGCUAUCCAUAUCCCAUGCCAUAUCCAUCGGUUCCCGUGGAGGCCCUUCGAGCUGGAAUUACUCCGAGUUAUUUUGCGCCGGGACCAGCAGCGGCAGCGGCUUAUCAUUUGGGCAGCCAUUUGACGCAAACCAACCCGCCAACAUCACAGAGCUCGAUUUCGGCACAAAUGGAGGUACCGAAAUUCGCCUUGGAUCGCAAUUCGUAUCUGGGCUCUGCUGCAUCGGCUGGAUCUUUGUAUGAAUCGUCUAAGGCCGCCCAGGCCAGUGCGGCUUACAGUGCCUACUUGGAUCCCAGUGUCCUGACCAAGGCCUAUUUUGACUCCAAAAUGUAUCAGGACCGAGCGGCCAAUUAUGCCUUUGACAUAUCGAAAAUAUACGGAGCUCAGCAGCACAACACAUCGGCAGUAGCCGCGGCUGCGGUGCACCAGCAUCACCAGCAACAGCAACACCUACUCAACGGCCUGGGUAUUCCGAGUCCACACAGCAACAACAACAACAACGCUUCAUCGAAUAGCACGACCAACUUGGAAGAACGCGACACAUCCCCGUCACACCUUGAGUCCGGUGGGAACAACAAUGCCAGUGGCAUUGGCGGACUGGCCGACUCCAAAUCACAUCUCCACUCCCCCAAUGACAGUCAGCUGGAGUAUUCCCAGUACGGCCAGUACAACCAGGGCGGCGGGAACUUCCAAAAUAAUGGCCUCUCUGCACCAGCGCCCACGGCCAACAGUUCGUCAGUGUCGUCGGCCAGUAGCGGUGAUUUUCGAAGGCCGCUGACAGUCAUAUUCUGACCGCCCUCCGAGGAAUGUGAAGAACUGAAUCUGUCCAUCACACAUUGAAGCAACCACACUUGCAUCUACGCCAAGACCAAGUACAAAGCCGAUUUCAUAAUUAAGGAUACAGCGACGGACAGUGACGUGUCUGUGAGAAGAAGCGAGAGUCCCCUUUGCACUCUCCCUCUCUGUACAUCGACAAGAAUUGACUUAGAUGAACAUUUUUACAACGAUCAGAGCGAAAUCAAAUCACACAAUACAUACAAACAAAUGUAUUAACUCGCAAAGCUGAGAUUACCAUACCCCUCACUCACCGCACGCACACACACACACACAUAGAACCACAAUCAAUGUAGGAACAUAUAUUUGUACUAUUUUAAUUGUACUCCAUCGACAUACAUACAUACGUACAUAACUAGCAUUUAAGUUGUAAGCAAAAUGUCACACUCAUGCACCCAACCCAGUCCAGUCCAGUCCAGUCCACGAAACUACACUGGAAACGCACACCCCGACAACAAAUGUACUUCGAGCAUGUACUUCUAAUAGCGUAGACUUCUAGGCAAAUUGUAGAUUAUUAAUUAUGAACUAAUUUAUUUGUAUGUAGGUGUAUGCAUACUAAUGUAUAUAUAUAAGUAAGACACUGGAACAUAUGUUUUCACUGUUACUCCAUUGCAUAGGUCCCAACACACGAUGUGUAAAUAAAGAACGUAUUCAUUUCAUAUUUUG